GGUUUAGGAGCAGUUGCUGUGGAAGGAGAGACAGGGACGUGAGCGGCUAUUGAGGGCGGCCAGGGUGCCGGUGAGCCCCCCCCCCCCCCCCCUGCUCAGUGUGCGGGCUGAGCUUCGAGGGGCUGAUCUUCGAUGGAGGACCACAUGACGGGGUACCACAAGGAGAAGCGUUAUGAGUGCGACGUGUGUGGCAAGUUCUGGCAGAGACCGAGCCAGUUGGAGGUCCACCGGCGGGUGCACACAGGAGAACGCCCCUUCAACUGCUCAGAGUGUGACAAGACUUUCAAGACGACGAGUGACCUGAAUGUCCAUCGGCAAGUGCACACGGGCGAGGAGCCCCAUUGCUGCUCCACAUGCGGCAAGAGCUUUACCCAGUUGUCGGGGCUGCGCGACCACCUGCGGGUGCACAGCAGUGACCGGCCCUUCACCUGCUCCGACUGCGGCAAAGGCUUCAAGUCGUCCAAGGACCUGAAGAUGCACUGGCGGGUGCAUACUGGGGAGCGGCCCUUCGCCUGCAGCGACUGUGGCAAGAGCUUCACCCAAUCCAGCAACCUGUUGGUGCACCAGCGCACCAACACCGGCGAGCGCCCCUACACCUGCGGCCAGUGUGGCAAGGGUUUCACCCACUCCGGCAACCUGCUGCAGCACCAGCACACGCACACCGGCGAGCGCCCCUACACCUGCACCCAGUGCGGCAAGGGUUUCACCGACUCCAGCAACCUGCUGAAGCACCAGCGCAUCCACACCGGCGAGCCCCCCUACACCUGUGCCCAGUGCGGCAAGGGUUUCACCCACUCCGGCAACCUGCUAAAGCACCAGCGCAUCCACACCGGCGAGCGCCCCUACACCUGUGCCCAGUGCGGCAAGGGUUUCACCCAGUCCAGCAGCCUGCUGAUGCACCAGCGGGAGACGUCCCCCAUCGUGGGCCAUCUCUUUGUCAUUCCUGUCUUCUUCUCGCUGGCGAAUGGCGUCAGGAUUAAUCCGGAGUCACCGCUUCCUGUUUCCUGGCCGCUCCCCCUCAACUCCGAACAUUGGGAUCUCGCUCUCUGCCCUUGCACGUCCGCAAGACUCCAGCUGCCGUAA